AUGAUGCUGUCAAUUCGAUUUGUAUUAUUCGCAGUAUUUGUCCUUCAAAAUAUUCAAACAGUUCAAUCAAUCAUAUGCUAUCAAUGUACCGAUUGUCCGCUACCAUUUAGUACAACUUAUCCAUAUGUGACGCUAUCUACUAAUACAAAUUUUGAGGCGAAAUGCCUUACCACAAUCGUCAAAUUAAGUGAUGGUAGUCGUUUUAUAACAAAAGGUUCAGCAUUCAAUUGUCCUCCUGCAACAGCUGCAACUGAUGUUCAAUUGAAUUGCUGUGGUAAUGAUUAUUGCAAUUCCAGUGUUCGCUUCACUCCAUCUAUUCUUCUUUUGUUUUUUAUUUUCAUAAGAAUAUAUUUAUGA